CAUCACCAUUAAAGCAAAAUAUUAGAUAUGAUGAAAGGAGUCCAUUUCCUUGCAAUUGUGGCUCUCUUGUCCCUCACAUCCUCCCUUGUCUCUGCCUAUGAUCCCAGCCCUCUUCAAGACAUUUGUGUAGCAAUUGAUGAUCCCAAGUCUGCUGUGUUUGUGAAUGGAAAAUUCUGCAAGAAUUUUACGGUUGCCAAUGCCGAUGAUUUCUUCUUCCAAGGGCUUCAGAUUCCUAGAAAUACGGCCAAUCCACUUGGGUCGAAUGUUACUCUUGUGACUGUGGACCUGAUUCCAGGCCUCAACACUUUAGGGUUAUCCAUAGUUCGCAUUGACUAUGCACCAUAUGGCGUAAACCCUCCCCACACUCACCCUCGUGCCUCUGAGAUUCUAAUAGUCAUAGAGGGUACUUUGUACGUUGGUUUUGUCACAUCCAACCCGGAAAACCGUCUUUUCUCCAAAGUUCUAAACAAGGGAGAUGUGUUUGUGUUUCCAAUUGGUCUCAUUCACUUCCAGUUCAACGUGGGGCACACCAAUGCUGUAGCCUUUUCUGGUCUAAGCAGCCAAAAUCCAGGUGUUAUAACGAUAGCAAACGCUGUUUUCGGAUCCAAUCCUCCUAUCAAUCCUAAUGUUCUCGCCAAGGCCUUCCAACUUGACCUGAAGACUAUUGAAUAUCUUCAGAAAACGUUCUAAUUAAUGGAACAACAACUAAGAAACUUAUGGAACUGUUAUGGCCUUCAUCUUUUAGGCAUGUUAGCCUCAUUCCAUCGUAUUGAUAAUAGAAUAAAAAGUUGCCUAUGUAACUCUCUCUAGGUGGAGUUGAGGUAUAAUAUAA